AUGCACUACCUCUUACUUUGUGCUGCUCUCCUCUUACCUCGGAGUUCUGCUUUUYCGACACCAUCUAUACAACAAUCACAAGGCUCCACAGACUUAGAGCGCAUAAAGGUAUAUCUUGAUAAGUUCUUUCCMCUUUUUAGUAGAACAGAUACCCAAAGCUUAGAAGACAGGAUUAAAACAAUGCAGAGUUUUUUCCAUCUGACUGUAACUGGAACAUUAAAUGCAGAAACAAAGGAAAUAAUAAACCAGCCCAGGUGUGGAGUCCCUGAUAUAGCAAAUUACAAAUUUUUUCCUGGAAGUCCAAGAUGGAAAAGCAAGUAUUUGACUUACAGGAUUGUUAAUUAUACACCUGAUUUACCUCGAGCAACAGUGGAUGAAGCAAUAAGAAAAGCUUUCAUGGUAUGGAGUGAUGUGACUCCACUGCAGUUCAGAAGAGUUUAUUGGGGACAGGCAGACAUCAUGAUUGCAUUUGCACGUCGUGAGCAUGGUGAUGGAAGUCCUUUUGAUGGAAAGGGUAACAUACUAGCUCAUGCUUUUGCACCUGGACCUGGGAUAGGAGGAGAUGCUCACUUUGAUGAAGAUGAAGUGUGGUCAGAGAGCAAUCGAGGAGUUAAUUUGUUCCUUGUUGCUGCUCACGAAUUUGGCCACUCUCUGGGACUCGGCCAUUCAAAUGUCCGUGGUGCUCUGAUGUACCCUACRUACAUGUAUAUGAACCCCAAAACCUUCCGGCUUUCAGAGGAUGAUAAGCGAGGAAUUCAGAAGUUAUACGGUAAAUUCAUAAUGAGAUUAGAUUUUCAAGACAUAACCUACAGCACUACAGCUUUCACUACUCUCCGUGAUUGCAAGGGCCUCCUCAUAUUACACAAAUCAAGACGCAAAUCUAAAAAUUCUUGA